AUGGCUCCUAUCAAGCGACGGACUUUCACCGGCUGUGACACCUGUCGAAAUCGCAAGGUCAAGUGUGACGGCCGACGGCCGCAGUGUUUGCGCUGCGAAAAGGCCAAUGUCGAGUGUCUUGGAUACGGGAUUCGUCUUCGCUUCUAUGAGUAUCUCAUCGCUGGUCCGAGAGGUCUCGAGGUGAGUGGAGGCGGCCCUGUUGUCCAGCAUCAGCGCAGACAGGUUCCCUUUAUGACAUUUCGCAACGGGUAUCUAUUUCCAGAAGACAUGGACUCCGAUUUGGACAAGAUUGACGGCAGCGAGGAGCGAUUUAUUGGGCCCUUUGGAGUGUUCCGCUUGAAUAAAGACGACAAGGUGGAGCGGACAGCCUUUGCUGCUGCGCCGUCAUCGUUUGUUGCUCCGUCUUUCGAGACGAUUAUUCCUCGGGAACUGUGGCUACAUCCGCGGUUGCAAGUGGAUGCGCUCUUGACGUAUCGGACGAUGGUCGGAGACGCUAUGGUCAACACCAACGACUGGGAGAUGGUGAUGCGGGAGAUUUUUGCCGAGUACCAUGGCAGCACGCCGCGCAAUAGGCUUGUGGACCGGAUCAUGCUGGGUGACGCCGAGAACGAGGCCAUAACGGAGAGUUAUAUGAAAAAAUUAGUGCUGGAGCUGGGUCCUCGCAGCACGGACGACGUGUUCCUCGAUUUUCUCGAGCACCCCAGGACACGCGGGUGGAUCCAGCAGUUUUCACGCCAAUGUACCAGCCUCGUUUUUGUGGCCUACAAAGACGGCAUUUUGGACAAGCUGGUGGUGCCGACCCUGCUUCGCGACGUCGGCGAGCUGGUGGUGCAAAAAGCCCGGAAAUCAGAGCACGGCAGUUUAUUCUACUUGCUGAAACAGACCUUUGUGCUGGAGUCGCUCGCCAUUUCGACGCUGGGCAGGUACCAGGCGCUUUUCCACAUCUCUGGAGAACACGAGAGCUCGAUGUCUCUGCUGCGGGCGUUCAUUUAUUUGCGCGAGGCCAGCUUGGCCAACCUGAGCUGUGUCCUGAGUCCGCUAGUGAGUAUGAAGGGCGAGCGGCCGGAGGUGACGAACGACAAGCUGUUGGACGUGAUGCUGCAGGAUGGCAUGAUUGACCAGCUGCUGAUGGUGAUUUUGAUGGCCAUCAAACAGGACGAGGCCAUGAGCAUAUUCCAUAAUUACAAGUUUCUGCACGGCGUCGCAGGCGGCAUCUGCAAGCUUCUCGAGACACGCGAGCUGGAGAGCAGCACGAAGGACCUUAUACUGUGGCUGCGGUACCUCAACAUGUUCUUCAAGUCGACGUCGAUCAUCGACAUCGAGAACUACCACUUAGAGGAGGAAAAAUUGGACCUCAAGCAGGUGGUUCUGCCACUGGAGGACCCGACAAAAAUUGAAAUCAAGCAGCUGGUGGUGCAGGAGAGCUGGGAGAACGUUCAGCUGAGCAACGUGCCGCGCAAGCUGGCCCAACGCCCGCCGGUCGAAGACAAGCCUCCGCGAAAGUACGUGGUGCGUUUUACCUACGGCCAGCAGCUGGAGUCGGAGGACGACGAGGAGGAAGACAACGUGGACGAGGGCGGGCCCAUUCAGUUCAAGUUUCCUAUCACGAGCCUGCCGUUCUCUCCGAUCGAGCUCAAUUUCGGAAUCCCCCGCAGUCUGCUCGAGCUGAUGGAGCGCACCGUCGAGCUGUCCGACCGCAGAAAUUACAUUCUGCGGAAAAAAGUGUAUCCACGCAAUUUCCCCAAGCAGUGCUGCGACCUGGAAGAGGAUCUGCGCAACUGGAAGCUUCCGUGGGUGCUGUACGAGCAGCGCGACAGCGGGUUGUAUUUUCACAGCCCCCUGCACGAGAGCGUGUACCAUCUGUCGGUGUGCUUUUACUACACGACGCUCAUGUUUUUCUACCGCAUCAUCAAGGAGUCGCACCCCAGCCAGCUGCAGGGCCACGUUGCGUCCACGCUGUACCAUCUGGAGGCCCUGUGGAACUUGAAGCUGCGCGCGCAUCGCACGGCCAGUUUGCGUGUCAAGCUGCCGUUUUGGUGCUUUUUCCUUUCUGGCUCCGACGCUCUCGACGAGGAGCUGCAGACCCGCUACGACAUUCUUGGCCGCACGGCGUUCGACGCAGGCGACCGCUGGAUCGGCAAGCAGGCGCUCUUUGAGAUUUGGCGCGGCCAUAACAGCACCGACGACGAGCUGCGUGUCGCUUCGUGGCUCGACCUGGUGAAGUAUUGGCAAAUCGGUGGAUACUUGUAA